AUGGCUACGCCCAGAGGUAGUUGGUACGGGGUACAUGUACAGGUAGAGUGCAAAUUUGCCGAGUUCGUGCUGAAAGAGGCAUAUUGGGGCACAGUGAAGGAACCUGUGCUGCCUGCAAUGUUUACCAGUGUCAGAGUUGCUAGGAACAUCAGAAAGCACUCCGGAGGGCACGAGGGGAAGGAUUUCCAGGUCCUUGGAAUUUCAUUCUGUAUAAUUGAGUUGUGGGGUGUUCUGUCGGAUGAGAGAGGCGUCUCUGGCGUUUUCUGGUUCUGGGGACUGCGAUGCAAACCAGUCGGCAUGAAAUCCAAUGAUGAGAAUUACGAUAAUAAGAAUUUCCCGCGUGUCUGUGGUUGUGGAUACACACACGGACGCCAUGCUGCAGGUCACCCAAUAACAUGGAUGGCAAUGGAACAUGUCCUUUCGACAAAGGCCUGGGGCCAGGAGUAA